AUGUAUGUGAAAUGGUUUGAUACAGUAAUGUUUUACUAUGUUAUUUUAGGGAAUUUAGUGAAUGGCACUUUUUGUCAUUUUCAAAUUUCCCGCCGUUCCGUCCCCAUACAUCCCGACAUCGCAGGGGACGGAACCCAGAAGACAGAUGCCGGCAUCUGCCAGAGAACAUUACAGGGGACACUGCAGGAGGGACAUGGCGGGAGCGCAGGACAAGGUAAGAGAAGAACAGAUCCCGGAGCAGAGCCGCAUGGUAAGCCCGAGUGUAGCUCGGGGUUACUGCUUCUGCUACACUCAGGAAUACCGCCAGGGAGGCUACUAGCU